AUGUUUGAUAUUAAGGCUUCGGCUGAGUAUGUUGUGGAAUGGGCUGCAAAGGACCCAUAUGGCUUCCUUACAACAGUUAUUCUGGCCCUUACACUGUUGCUAGCAAGUGCUGUGCUGUCUCGGAAGUUGGCCAAGAUGAUUGAGACCGGGGAGAAGGAGCAAAAAAAGAAACAAAAACGUCAAGAAAAAAUUGCAAAAACUAAACGACUAAAGAAGGAUUGA